ACUCCCCGAAGCAUUGAAAGAACAGAUUACGUGCCUAUAUGAAUCACUUCAGAUCAACAUCACGAUCAUUUUAACCAUCUUUCAACAAUGAAGAUAGCCAUACUGAAGUUUGCAAUUUUGAAUAGCCUUUUUGCUUUCUCUCUGUCUCAAUGUACUGGCAGACUAAGAGAUGAGACAGAGGAAAUAAGCGUUUCCUGGACAGUCAUAAGUAACAAUAGUGUUAACUUCACUUUUGUUGCUCCAGCAAACACGAGUGAAUAUGCUGCUGUGACAUUCUCUAAUAACAAUGUGGGAUUUACUAUUGAUACUACAGAUAUGUUGGCUAAUAUUGACAUCAUCAUUGCUGGAAAUAAUGGUAUGGUAUACUUUGUUGAAGAUAGGUGGAUAUCAAAUGUGUCAGUUUCUGGUGGACCACAGUUUGAUGCUAAUCAGGAUCUCACAAAUGUUGGAACUUCCUUCAAUGAUCGUUUUCUCACAGUUAACUUCACUCGUCCAAUUAUAAGUCCAAAUGCGACUGAAGAUAUUAAUCUUGAUGCUUGCCGUUACAUUGGGUUUGCAACUGAAGGGGAAGUGGAGUCUUUUGUUUCACCAGCAGAAUUUGGAGGGCCAAGAACCAUUGGGCUCUUUGGAUCCCAAAUUUGUCUUCAAAUGUGUCAAUUUGAAGCAUCAACUGAGCCACCAACUAGCACUACUAAUGGAGCUAUUGGAUUGAUGAUGCCCCUUGUUGCUUUUAUCAUUGCAGCUGUCUUAACUGCCUUGCAGUAAAGUUUCAAUCAAGAGUUUUAUAAGCUACAUGCAUAGACUCAAAAUAAUACUUUGGAAUUCAAAAAUACAUACAUACACGCAUAAUUAUUCAUAAAUUAAAAAUAAUAGCCAAUAAUUAAGUAAAGUAUUAAAAUAUAAGUGGUGUUUCCUCUUCUAUAAUAACUGUAUCACUUGGCGCUGCCUCAUAAGCAUCCUUUUGUGUCAUGUAUCUAUGAUAAUGAUCUUCAACAAUUUUGUGAAUGUUAA